AUAUCUGCUCCACUCUUUCAAUUCUCAUUACUCUUAUUAUUAUUAUCUUCACUACUUCACUUAAAAUUCUACCUUCAAUUUUAUACUAUAAGAUCUUAUUGCUCUUAAAGGCUUAAUAAAUAUGAUUGAGUCAGCUAUGUCAAACACAAUGAUGGAGAAAGUAAUUGCUUCUAAUUGGUCAGAAGGGUCAGAAAAAGAUGAACUUUUAAGAGAGCUUUUUGAUGAUGAGUCUCCUUUACUUAUGUUGCCAGAGGAGACAAUAACUAACAUAAGUGAUUCUUCAAAAGAACAAGCUUUUAAUAAGUUCAUUUCAAAUAUUUAUUCAGGUCCUACCAUUUUAGAUAUUGAAAAUGCUUUGUCAGUUACUAACCAUAGAGAACACUUUCCACAGCUUUCAUCAACAAGAGUUUCCAUAUUGGAAAGGAGUUGGAGUAAGAUUGAGAAUAAGUACACAUUGAAAAUCAAAUGCUUUGGAAAUGGGAUGGGUGAUGAUGGUUAUAAGUGGAGGAAGUAUGGACAGAAAUCAAUUAAGAAUAGCCCAAAUCCUAGGAGUUACUAUAGGUGCACCAACCCAAGGUGUGGUGCCAAGAAGCAAGUUGAAAGAUCCAAUGAGGACCCUGACACUCUUAUAAUCACUUAUGAAGGCCUCCAUCUUCACUUUACUUAUCCUUAUUUCCUAGUGGGCCAAUCUUCCCAUCCACCAAUCAAGAAGUCCAAGCCCACCUCUUCACAAGGCCAACAAGCCCAAUGCCAAAAACCAAAUCAUGAAGCCCAAGCUAGUGGUUCUUUGGGACUCAUAUCACCCACUUUAUUGGGCUCUACACAAGAUACGGCCCAAGAAAAUUUGGGCUCACAAGGGUUGCUCGAAGACAUGGUGCCAUUCAUUGUUAGGAACCCCACAAACAAUACCGAUAUUGAUGAUUUCUCAAAAUUUUCAUUUUCCUCACAAAUAUGUACCACUUCUACUUCCACCUCUUGCUAUACUGUUGGCUUAAAUUCUAGCAUUUAGAUUAUAAUAUGUAUAGGUAAAUAUUUGAAAUUUAAAGAUCAAUAAAUUAUGGGGGGAUUGUUACAAUUUUUAUGUUAAUUUAAUAAUAUAUCAUGUAAUAAUAGUAUAGUUUGUAUUUCUAUUUGUAAUAUAUCAUGUUAAUUUAAUAAUA